UUCACAUCAAUACAUAUUAGCUGGUUUGGCUGCAUUUUCCCACCUGAUCAAGGGUGUCGUCAUUUCCCAGUUUCCCCAAAAUACUGCAUACGAAUGGACAGAGUUGCUAUAAAUAUACGUAUGUUCCCUUGUCGUUUUCUUUUAUAAAUCUCGACGUUUGCGUGGAAAGUUGCAUAUGCACAUUUCAAGCCUCUUUCUGUUCAUAUGCAAGCUUAAUAAAUGAGGCCCCUGGACCACAGUUGGUGACCCCUGCAUCAAGGACACACCUGGAGAGUGUUACAUGAAGGUCAUAAAGAGGCCAGGAGAUUCCGGUGAGACUCCCAUGAUUGGGGACAAGGUUUAUGUCCACUAUACCGGCAGGCUACUAAAUGGGAAGAAGUUUGACUCAAGCCAUGACCGCGGCGAACCUUUCACUUUCAACUUAGGAAUAGGACAAAUGAUCAAGGCUUGGGACUUGGCAGUAGCCAGCAUGUCCAAAGGGGAAGUUUGUGAAAUCACAUGUAAACCAGAAUAUACCUAUGGAGUGUCUUGGAAUCCCCCAAAAAUUCCUCCAAACUCCACAUUGGUUUUUGAGAUUGAACUAAUAAACUUCAAGGGGGAACAGCUCACCGAAGAUGGUGGCAUUGUUAGAAGGAUAAAACAGAAGGGCGAAGGUUAUGCCAGUCCUAAUGAAGGGGCUGUUGUAGAUGUUCACCUGGAGGGUAGCUGUGCUGGACACGUGUUUGACUCUCGGGAUUUGCGCUUUAUCGUCGGAGAAGCAGAGGACCACGAUAUCCCACUAGGUGUUGACCGGGCCAUGAAGAGAAUGGAAAAGGGUGAAUGCUGUCUUCUGUACCUGUCACCCAGGUACGGUUUUGGCACAGAGGGACAUUCCCAUUUUGGUAUUGGUCCAAAUGCAGAUCUUAUUUACGAAGUAUUGCUGAAGGAGUUUGUAAAGGUCAAGAACACUUGGGAUAUGACCAUGGUAGAGAAGCUGGAGCUUGCAGUUGCUGCCAAACAAAAGGGAACCCAAUAUUUCAAGGCUGGGAAGUACAUACAGGCUGUAAUCCAGUACCAGAAGAUUGUGCCUUGCCUAGAGAUAGAGGAAAACCAUUCAGAAGAACACCAGGCGUCUGUCAAGGCCUUGGUACUAUCAUCGCUGCUGAAUCUGGCCAUGUGUCACCUACGACUUCAGGAGUAUUCACAUGCUGUGGAGAAAUGUAACAAGCAGGUAAUUGAGGUGGAUAACUCCAAUGAGAAGGCCCUGUACCGGCGAGGUAAGGCCUGGCUACAAAUGAAUGAGUUCUACUUGGCCAAGAGCGAUUUCGAGAGAGUGUUGGAAAUCAAUACAGAAAACAAAGCUGCACAGGCCCAGAUAUCCAUCUGCCUGCAGAAGAUUCGUGAGCACCAUGAACGCGAGAAGCAAACUUAUGCCAAUAUGUUCCAGAAAUUUGCUGACCAGGAUGCCAAGGUAGGGAAAAGGAAGCCCCCCAGAGAAGAUGGGGCAGUUAAACGGCGACGGAGGAGUAAAGAGAAUCUGUAACAUAAAGGUGGCCUGGCCUGGCCCACCUGCCUACAACGUAGGGCUGAAGAGAAUGCAAGAUCAACUUACAGUAACCCAAACAGACAGUGGGCAUUCUUGAUCUAGCAAACUCAAAAAUGUUCUCAAAUGUCCAUGUGCGUUUUAAUGUUAUUAUUGCUAUUAUUGCUGAUACUGGAUUAUUAUUUGUCUGAUGUUGCAAGUUAUUUUGUGUUUCUCAGCAUGGAUGCUGGAGAAUUUGCAUGCUUUCUAACUAUAAGAUCUGACAGGAGCGAGACCUCUCGGAAGGUAGGUCACCCAGCCAGACAGAUAAUAUUCUGUUUGAAAGCUUCCGGAUCACUUGAAUUCAGUUGUAUUUUUGAGGUACCUCAUUUUUUUAUGUAUUUCACUUGCUACUUCCACUGGAUUAUGAGGAGAAGGGACCUGUUAUGUAAGAUGUGCAGUGCCCCUGUGUACUCAAAAGGAACAAAAACAAAUCUUCGGAUUUCUUUUUGAUAAUGCCCCCCUUCCCUCAGUUCCAAACCCCAACGUUGGGCACCAAAGAAAUCUAGAUGUUUUAGACCAAAGAUAAGUAAUCUUAGUCAAGCCAGUCUCAAUGAUGCAGGAUCAAGUAUGUAGGACAGAAGAAGAGUCUCACUCAAUGAGGUAAUACCAGCUGCUUCUGUUGGAGUGUCAAAGUAAGAAUCAUUCAGCAAGUUCAAUUCCAUAGACAUCCUGGAUUCAAUAUGUCACUGAUUUGCCUCUUCCCGUGUGAAUCAAGGUCAUAGUACCAUCUGUCAGAUCUUAUUGGUGUACUGAUCUGUGCAUCCAGAGGGCAAUUUCUGUUGUCAGCAGACUUGCAUUAUAAAUGUUAAAAUGUUCUUGAUUUUCUUGCAUUUAUUAAAGCUGGUUGUGAUCUAGCAUUUUAAACAAUAGACCAGGAACCAGGCCUGUCUUUGAUCUCCUCAGGCCAAAUUACUGAAUGAUUUAUGAUGCUUCUGUGAAAAUUCAAAGAGUGGUGUAGUAAAAACCAGCCCAAGUGUAAAUCGUAUAGUACUGAUUUUUCUUGAGGAUGCUCACUUUGUUUAGUUUUAAUGUUGGUAACUCCCCACCGAGUUGUUCAGCACCUUUUUCUGAGUUAAUUGAAAGUAUGAUUACAUACGGAACCAUUCCAUGUUAAAAAGAACAAGGAAAAUACAAGAAAUUUUGAAGGAUCCAUAGGAUACAACUUUCAGAUUUUUAAAGCUAUGACUGUUAGUACCUAGGGAUUUGGAAGAUAAGUAAGAGUCUAAAACUGUGUUACAGUAAUAAAGGAGCUUACCAUGAUAAGUGCCAGGUGCCUUCCGAUAUUCAUUUAUAAAACUCAAGUUGGAGGUAGGGGUGUAGCGUCAUCAUUUCAAUAAUGCCGUCCAUUUUCUUAUAAUAGCUGUCUCUGGAAAUUGCUGGGUUUCCGACCCAAAGGGAAGUGCCUGAAACAGCAACUGAACCCUUAAGCGUAAAGCCCCUGCCUUCACACACGCUAAAAUCUAAUCUUUAGAACUGGGGGAAAAUUUAUUUAUAGAUGUUGCACAGUCAACUUCUAGAUCAAGACUGUUCUCUCACCUCGGUAUGUGCUUGAGCAGCUCUUCCUAUUUCAAUACUCUUUAACCUUUUAUAGGCAUUCCAGAGACCAUGGCCUUUAUUGAUGUUACCAGGGCUGGCUCUGCAUCGUUUGACUAUUGAACUAAAUAAAAUAAUGCGUUUUACAAUA